AAACCCUAGCAAAGAAAAAUCAAAGAGAAAAGAAAAAAAAAAGUAAAAAAGUAAUAAUUUCCGUUAUAAUUUCUGCAGAGUUGUCUGAAAUUAAUAUUUGACAGCAGCAGAAAGAAGAGAGCGUGAUUUUCUUAGCGGGGGAAUUCAUAUUUAUAUAUAUAGACACAAUAUAUAUGUAUCUAUGAAAUAAAGAAAUGGAGAGUGGUGGCAAAGCAAGGGAAGAGGAACAAGACGGAAUGUCCGUACACUCUCCUUGCAAGGCUCCCCCUUCCUCUGCUUCUUCUCUCCCAAAGGUUGAAUUGGAGCUUAGACUGUUAGAAGCUCUCGAAAUUUAUCCUCCUAUUAAGCUGCAAGGCAUACACCGCCACUUUGUUCUUUUUGGUUUAAUGGAGUUUCUGCGGAGAAGCUUUAACAGACAGUUUUCUUCUGAUGAGGUUCUACAGUUGCUGGAUCGUUUCUAUAACUUGGAAGUGUUGAAACCAGAUGAUGAGGAUAUUGAAGUCUUGAAUCGCGAAGAAGAUUUUAGCUUGCCUCAAAGUUUCUUCGUUAAGGAAGAAUCAUAAUUCAUAAAUGACAAUCAUUUGUAAAUAUGCUUUAAUAGUGUUUGAUCUUGUAAAGAUUCAGCCUCCCUAGAUGAUUUAUUGGUCAUUUUUAA